AUACAUACCGAUGCGCUGGCUGGGAACACGUCUGUGACAUGUGAGUGGACAUGACAAAAACCGCCCUGCUUAAAUUACUUGUGGCCACUGUGAUCACACUCAUUUUAGUUUUGCCGGAGCAUUUCAAGACACCAAAGGGGAUUCACCCUCAGGAUCUAAUUACCUCCCAUAGGCUCCAGUUCCAAAUACCACCAUUCUGUGAUGAGGAUUUCAACAGGAACUUUAGGAGGAUACAAAUAUAUGGCUUAUUCCAAUAACUAUGAUCAGAAAGACAGAAGUUCAGAAGCAUUGGUGAGGAUGGUCACUGUCCCUUCCUGAAGAUGCUCCCUGAAGAUCCUCCUGUACCAUUAACUGCUUAGCCCCUCUACCGAGGUCAUCAUGACAACUUCAUCAUGACAGAGGGACUCAUAACCACAGUCCAUGCCAUCACAGCCACCCAAAAGACCAUGGACAGUCCCUCUGGGAAACCGUGGUGCUGCUAAGGCUGUGGGCAAGGUCAUUUGAGUUGAAUGGGAAGUUGAAUGGGGGCAAGGUCUUCUGUGCCCCCACCCACCACAUGUCCGUCAAGGAUCUGACCUGCUGUCUGGAGAAAGCUGCCAAACAUGAUGACAUCAAAUGAUGUCAACAAAGUGCUGGAGCUGGCAUCACAGGGCCGCCUGAAGGGCAUCUUGGCCUACACUGAAGACCAGGUUGUCUCCUGUGACUUGAACAGUAACACUUACUCCUCCAGUGGAAAGAUAUACAAGAAAACCAAGGAAGAAUGUCGGAGCUAUCAUGUCUGGAAGUAUGUUUACAACCUAAUCUCAUCUAUUCACUCUCCUUCAAUGUUUCUUUUAUGACGUUUCUGCAACCAGUGAGGAGAACUCAGAUUAUUAUGGGGAUUUUUCUAAAUCACACCAGUUUUCAGAAUUUCACUGGGAUUUGCCAAGAUAUCACAUCCUGUUUGGUUUGUGAGUCCAAAGAAAACGUGGAUUUUAUUUCUCAGGAACAAACAUCAAAAGUUCUUAUCAUGAAUGGAUCAAUGGAAGUGAAAGAGAAUAAUUUCCAUUCACCUUGUCAACAUUUUCACUUCACGGUGGCUCCUUUAGCUGACCACGUGGAGGAAUAUAAUACCACCUGUAAUCUAACAACUCAUACUGGAGAUUUAGCAAUCACAGAGGAAGAGCCAACCAAGGAAGAGUCUAUAAACCACACUUGGAGGAUGACGGAUUGUCCACAUAAUUGUGUACACAUUUCCUUGCACCUAGAAAUGGAUGUAAAAAAUGCCCCUUGUUCCAUGAAGAUCACUUGGUACAUUUUAGUUCUCUUAGUUUUUGUGUUUCUGAUCAUCCUCAUUAUCUACAAAAUACUUGAAGGCCACAGGAAAGUACAGAAGUGGCAGAGUCAUAAAUGCAAGCCUACAUCUGGUCUCUUAAGAGGAAGUGGUUCUGAGAAGCUGAGAGAGCUGGACAUGCGGGUUAUUUCAGUGGCAGAGACUACGCAAAGGCUGUCUUUGGCUGAGGACAAAGAAGUGCUUCCCCCGAUACCAGAGCUAGAAACGACUUCCAUGCUGCAUCAGCAAGAUCAAUAUACAUGACUAUCUGCAGGCAAUUUGGAUUGGACUCUUUUGAAGAAUACUCCGUUUUAUUUUGGGAAUGAGUAGAUUGGCAAAUGUUUGGAUCCAGCCUGGAUGGAUGUACAGCAGGAAAACAGUGGGAAUGCUGACACAUUGCUGGACACUGAUUCCAGAGAUUUAUUCGACCCUUGAGACCAAGGGGACAAGAAUUUCUUUCAAGAAGCCGUGAUGAGCUAUGGAUAACAAGCUGAUGCAACCCAGGGAAACAGCCAGAGAAUGUUUAUGCUCUUGUUUCUCUUUUAGUAUUCUUUUAGGAUGGACCCAGGAUUUUGAUCUCAAUGAACCAAAAACAAGGUCAAGAAUGAAAAUCCUUUUUGUCAUUGGGCUGCCUUGUGGAUGCUGAUUUGAUGGUGUUUUCUACAUGGAUGGAUUGUUUCUAUUUGGCAAAUUACUUCAGUGUGCUUGGGGUGUUCAGUCAUACAUCGGUUUGCAUUUUAAAAUCUUGCCUCCUUUUGGCACCACGAUGUUUUAAAAAAAAAUUCAAAGAUAUCCAAAUAAGAUGAAUUUAAAUGAAGCAGCUGAGUAUUUAAAUCUAAUAGCAAAAUGCUUCCUCUGGUUCUUUUGGCUUUCAUGUUUGUUACAGUUAGCAGUGUCAAGAAUAAUUAUAGUUAUUAAUUACAAUAAAAGCACACAAAGAUGA